AUGUCACUCAACGCCACCCUCGCCGCCACCAUGCGGGCAGUGGCAUGGUUUGGUCAGACCAACAAUGUCUCUGUGAUUGAUGUGCCAGUCCCCAGCAUCAUUAAUCAAACGGACGCAAUUAUUCGAAUUACUUCCUCUGCUAUCUGCGGCUCUGACCUUCACUUCUAUCAUGGCUACACUGGUGCUGCCAAUGUUCCAUGGAACCUUGGACAUGAAGCCGUUGGUUAUGUUCAGGAAGUUGGUAGUGCAGUCUCUUCUCUUGAAGUGGGAGAGUACGUGAUUGUCCCCGAUAACGCGCACUCUGGUCACUACGGCCAGGAGCAUCCAAUCUCUUUCGGAUCUGGCUCAGAUCACUACGGUGGACUGCAAGCUGAAUAUGCCCGUGUUCCAUUCGCUGACAUGUCUCUCGUCCCGAUUCCUUUCAACAAUCAAACUGGCAAUGCUACCAAGGAACUUGACUACCUGAUGAUUUCCGAUGUUUUCACCACUGGAUGGCAGGCAUUGACAUACAGUGGCUUUGAGCCCGGAGACACUGUUGCAAUCUUCGGAGCAGGACCAGUUGGGCUCAUGGCCGCAUACUCUGCCCUACUCCGUGGUGCUUCACGUGUCUACUCGGUGGAUCAAGUUCCUGACCGUCUGGCGCUGGCCGAUUCAAUUGGCGCAGUUCCCAUUCAGUUCAAUGCCUCCGAUCCAGUGCAGCAAAUUCUGUCUCAAGAACCAAAUGGUGUGACGAGAGCCUUGGACUGCGUGGGAUUCGGAUCUGUCAACUCUACUGGUCAACGUGAUGAUGGACUUGUGCCUCGUCAACUUCUGUCUGUUGUUGCCCAACAGGGUGGUAUUGCCAUCGCUGGCGUGUACACUGGUGGUCAAAACAACACCCGGGGUGCUGCCAACGCUGCUACUGUCCCUGCCGAAGUUCCCAUUUCUAUCUUUGAGCUUUGGAGUAAGGCUGUUUCUGUUGGGAGUGGAAUUGUCUUGCCGCUGGAGCAUGCUCAUUCGCUCGUCGACCUUGUGGCAAAUGAUCGAGCUUCUCCCAGCUUUGUGGUUAGCUCUAUCAUUGAUAUUGAGCAAGCUCCGGAAUACUACCGGCGCUACAGUGAUCACCUGGAGCACAAAGUGGUAAUCCGCUUCCCAUGA